AUGCCACCUACUCGCAGCAUCAAGAAUCAUCCCACCCCGCAACAGUUAGCGUGGUUCAAGGGUCUAGAUGCGCGCUCAAAGACGGAGAUAUUCCCCUUACCGAUUACCGACAAGGCGCACCCCUGUGUUAAGGCUGGUAUACCCCAAUGCUUCAAAUGCGGCAAACUUGGACAUAUGAUGCGUUGCACCAGCCGCAUUAAAUCGGGUGGUGCCCAUUUUAAUGAUUGGCGUCGCACCCGAAACGGCCUGUCAUAUAGCUUAGACAAACUAUAUAUGAAGCCAGAAGAUCUUGCGAAGGCGAGCCUCGCAGAAGCCUUCGAUGGUGACGAUAACGUUUGGACGCGUGAGGUUAUGGACCACCUAGACGCGGUGGAAAAACACGCCUCGCAGAGCGUCCCGGACCCUUGUAAAUCACCUGAGAGUCAUCAUAACAAGACUUUUGGAGGCAAAAUCGGAGACCAUGUUGUGGAAAAACACGAUGCAUCAAAGAUCCACCCCUUAGUGUCCCAGCCCGAUACUAGUGUGAUUUUUUUGGGAAGCAUUACCUUCCCAGACGCAGUUGCGUCCAAUGGAAGCGGCGGAAAGUCCUUCUUUCAUGCUCGAUUGGCUCGAUUGGCAGAGGAAUAA